CACAAAUGAAAUACAAGCGCUCUGUUGUUUGAUCGCUUUAUGCUGAAUGCUUUCUGCAUCUUUCUCCUCUUCUGUAUCUCCCGAACUCCUGUAUCUUAUUGUCUGAUUGACGAGUCUGUUCAGGACCAUACCGUUUCAGUACUAAACUGCGGUUAUAGAUUUAGUAUUUACACUACUGUUGACAAACAACACCAAGUUUGUUGAAACUAUGGGAUGUUCUUUAAGCUGCAGUCGAGGGUCAUCUACAGAGACUGGCGAAACGAAACAUGAGGAAGCUGCUGAUAAUGACGACCAGAGUGACAUGAACAAAAAGUCUUCUCUUCAACCACAGGGGUCGCCCACUGAAGAUGUCCUCUACGCCUCCAUUGACCACAACAAUCUCAAACCAGAAAGGCAGCCUCGAGAGGAUGCGGACAGUGAUUGUGAUUAUGCAGUUGUAAGGAUUCCUGAGAUGAGGACAGAUACAGCCAAACACAAAAGCAGUGAGGACUGUUCAGAUGAUUAUGUGCUCAUGGGCUGAAGACAGUGCAUUCUACUGGAUGGACAAUCUGAGAUACAAUACCUAAACAAAACUUUAAAGGCCUGUUGACCUUUGUAAAAGUUUGAAUGACAUUAAGCUGUUUUAUAUUUAUUUGUAGGUUUUUAAUUUCUUUCAAAAGUCUUUUUAGUUUUUCAUAGCUUAUUUUCAUAAAGUGUGAAUUCAUUGUUAAACACGUUAAAGACAUUUUAUACGUUGUAGCAUCAAGGCACUUAACACAGAGAUGUAAAGUUUUAUCAAUAAUGUGUACAGUGAUUAAAAAAAUAAUAUUGUAAAUUUUGUCCCAUAUAGUCUGUCCCAGUCACAUUUUUAGUAAAGUAAUUUGAUUGCAUCAGAUGGUAAAACCAAUAUCUAAAAGCUGUUUCUCGCACAAAACACAUUUAACUGUACCCGUAACACUAUUUUGUACAACAUUUAAAUGUAAAUGUAGGCUGUAUAAACUAACUGGACCCCAAACCCCAAAAUCAGGGCAGAACAGACCUGGGGCUUGAGGUUCCUCGAGCUGGCAUCUACAUAAAUGUUCUAAAUGAAAGACUGAGAGACAAAGCACCGAACAAUUAAAUAAAACUUUGGUUGACAGGAAAAUAAAUGAUUCUGAAAGUAAUUCUCUAGCACCAUCUAGUUGUCAGAAAACUACGACACAGCUGAGAUGCUUUUCCAAUAUUUCUUUCCAAUAUAGUUUACCCAAGAAUAGUUAAGUAAAUAUAAGAAACUACAUCAAUCAUUUUGUGAAUAUGCAAAGUGUAUUAGACUAAUAGGCAUUAUUUUUAAAUUACUGACAAGCGUUACAAGCUUGCAUGUCUGAACUCUUUAGUCUAUUUCUUAUAGCUUAUGAUUAUUUAAGUAUGUAUUUUUAUGUAUUUUAUUUAUACAUAAAUUGUAUAUGUGAAGAAAAAAAAUACAGAUCUUAGCUCUUCAUGUCUUUCAGAGCAAUGAGGCCCCCUAGUGGUAACUACAUGUAAAUGACUUGACAAAAGGAUUCUUGAACAGCAUGCUCUGUUAAAGUUUACCUUGAAACUUAAACAUUUGAGAAAGAUUUCAGGACAACGAGCUCAACCAUAAAGACUACUAAUAUCUGCUAACUGUUUAUGAGAUGGGCAACAUGCUUACAAUUAGCUGAACAUUUACUUUAUAUGAACAUAGUUUAUUUUCACAAGAUAACUCCUUUUUUAAAAUAAUUCAAAAAUCAUGUUCUUUAUUGUGUUUUGUUGUAUUUGU